AUAAUUUUUCUUUAGUCUAUGGUGACAGACGCCGAAAAUCGGCCAUUUUUUCGUCUCGCUGAGCUGUUUUGUGAAAAAUUUGCUAUCUAUCAAAAUUAAUAUAAAUUCAAUCGUAUUUGCAUUUAAAAGUAAAUACUGUAAGCACUGCUAACUUUCACCGAAAUGGCGAACCGAAAUCGACCCCCCCAACAUCGUCGCAUGGACUUCAGUCGCAAUGACCGCGGCAACAACUACCGUGGCGUUUCGCCCUGGCAGGGCGGCGGCCCGGGUGGAGACCUGCCCAACUUGCUGCCCCUCGGCGGUUCCACUGAAGCCACCCUGGCCCUCGCCAGCAACCUCAUCAACCUCCUCCAACCCCGUCAGAACCCUGUCCCUUCCCUCCUAGACAUGCCAAUCCGCCGUGACUUCGGCCCUGCCAUGAAUCGGUAUGAUCGAGGUUACGGGCCCAAUAGAAUGGGCAAUCAGGGUAAUUUUCGGCGUACGGGCAAUUAUAACAGAGCUGGUGAGCGUAUCAACAACACUCGUAAGCCGUUUAGGCCCAAUGAUGGGCAAAGGCAACCAAACAAGGGCUCCCCGAAAAAGGAAGCCGAUUCAAAGGCUAAGCCUAGCAAGGAGAGCGAUGAAGCAGACAAGACUGACAAGACUGAGGAGAAGAAAGACACUCCCAAGACACGCUACGACGACAUCAACCAGUCUCUGCUGCGGUGUCAUAUCUGCAACAAGAGCAUGUGGGAUGGCCGGUCGUUUGAGAACCAUCUGAAUGGUCGUGCUCAUGCUAUCAUGAUGCAGAAGACUGCUGAGAGCUAUGCGCUGACUGCUGACACCAUGCGUCAGGAGUUCAAGAUUCGCGAGAUGAAGCGCACCCGCAAGACCGGGCAGCAGCCGCUGCGCGACUUCUACUGCGCCAUGUGCGACAUGUACGCGUCCGACGGCGCCAUCCACCGCACCACCGUCGGCCACCGCAAGCUCAAGAAGUACCUGCACCCCGCCUGCACGUCGUGCCACAAGGAGAUGCCCACGCGCAUCGAGCUGGACGAGCACCGCCUGUCCGCCGAGCACCUGCGCCAGCUGCAGGACAAGCAGGACACCAACGUCACCAAGCCCAAGCCCGAGGUAAUGGUGUUCUCAACUCUGAGCAUGGAGCAGAUGUACCUGCGCGACGACCGGCAGCGCUCGCGGCGCGGCGAGCGGCGCGACAAAGACGAGGGCGACAAGGACGCCGACAAAGCCGACAACGCGGGGGAGAAGGACAACGCUACUGAGGGCGAACAGACUGAAACUGAGGAUGCAACAAUCAAGAAGGAGCCAGCAGAUGGUGAGGAAGCAAAGAUGGAAGGAGAAGAGACCAAGGAGGCAGAAGAGAAGAAGCCAGAGCCCAUUGACAAGGAGGACACUGUGCUGGACUACAAGGAGGGAGAUGACGUCAGCAGUGUCACACAGGACAUGAUGCCAGCUUAUAGCACGGAGCGCGGCGUGGGGCGCUCGUUCCUCAAGCCGCUCAACUGCAUCCAGUGCAACCUGUGCCACAAGCUGCUGGACAGCGAGGAGACGGCCGAGGUGCACCUGCGCACGUGGCGCCACCACCAGCUCUUCGUCUACUUGCUCAACGAGAAGAGUGGCCUCAACGAGAAGGCCAACGAGGCCCAGAAGCAGCAGAAGCAGCACGCCGAGCCGAGCAAGCGCAGCCGCAACUAUAGCGACGACUCGGGCACGUGGAAGCGACGUCGCACCACGCCCAAGGAGGAGGACGAGGACGAAGCAGAAGAACCUGAGCCUGCGCCCGCACCCGUCGCUAGCAACGGACACGAGGAAACGCAAGGCGACGAAGACAAGGAGAUGGAAGCAGAGCUGAACGCGGACAACGCUGAUGAUGAACAGCAUGGCGAAGAGGAGUUGGAGGACUGGGAGCAGUCUGUAGACGAGCUGCUGGAAGAAGUCAACAAGGACGAGCCAAAGGCAGCCGAGCCUGAACCGGAACCGGAACCGGAACCGGAACCCGAACCGGAACCGGAGUCAAAACCGGAACCGGAACCGGUGCCUGCGCCGGCGCCGGUCAAGCAAGUCGGGCAAGUGAAGGCCUCGCCCGCCAGGACUCCCAGAGGGCGUGGUCGUGGUCGUGGUCGCGGCCGGUACUAGAAUUGUUAAGGUGGAUACACACUUUGGGUUUGUCACGCGAAUAAAUAGAGCAAGAGUCUGUGAAUGUCAUUAAGCCUAGCCAAUAAUUAAAAAAAAAAAAAAUCCUUUCAAGUAGCAUGGUGCGGGUGACAGUUCGUUUGUUCGUUCGUUUCGAAUGGUACGAAUUGUGAACGCCAUACAGGCGACUGUCACCGUACCCAUGCUAUCUCAAAAAUACUUUAGUAGUACAAAUAAACCAACACAAUGUGUUUGGUACAAAUGUUUUUGAACAAAACCAAAUGAAAAAAAAAGAACUUCGUUUCAUGUAGCAUGGUGCGGGUGACAGUUCGUUUCACUCUUGAAAGUUUGCCGCGAUUCACGAUAAUAGUACGUAUUAUGAACUCCAUACAGGCGAGUCACCGUACCCAUGCUAUCUCAAAAAUACUUAGUACAAAUAAACCAACACAAUGUGUUUGGUACAAUUGUUUUUUAACAAAACCAAAUUAAUGAUGAGAAUUAGUCUGGUGACAGUAUCACAGAUUUUCGCUCUUUUGAUGUGAAACAUCUAUAGCCUCACGUAAAACCGAUUUCUGGCGUGGCGACGCUAUAUGAUGGUAUAUAUAUACAGUCUACAUGCAGUAGUCUGUACCGUGUGGCGACGCGUCGCCAUGCGCAAUCGACUGUGCGAUUCUCUCUGCAUAUUACUUUUACAAAAUAAUGUCGAUGUUUCACAUCUGCCAGGCGUCCCGUGACGGUUUUUCAAUUUUGGACGUUGGAAAUAGACGUUCAUUUAACUUCAUACUAUAUUUGAACGCUUUUUUAAACGUCCGUUAAAAAAACUCUCGUGCGAAUGCGGGCUUAGACUUGCGUCCAUUCUCAUUGGUGUAGAUUCGAAGCGAAGUGUCUUAAUAGUUUUUAUUUGUCCUGCUUUCUUCGUAAUUCAUGUUUCUAUAUAUCUGGUUUUUUUAACCGACUCCAAAAAAAGGAGGAGGCUCUAUGUAUGUAAAAAGAUAUGCGUCUGUGGAGUCUAAUAAAUUCAAAUUUCAAAUACAAAAUUAGUUUAUUUCAAUUAGGCUUAGUUUACAAGCACUUUUGAAAAAUGAAAGUUACGAGGGUUCCAAACGCGCCUUGGUCCGAGAAGAGCCCACAACAAACUCAGUCAAGGUUUAAUUUUUUUUGUUUACCACCAUUUUAUAAACUUAUUUAAAAACAAGCACACCAAGCUUUUUUAUCAUUUAUAUAAUAACUAGCGGACGCCCGCGACUUCGUCCGCGUGAAACUCGAUGUAAACUUUCAACUACCUCUACCCUACCCUACCCUACCCCUACCCCUACCCCUACAAAAAAAGUAUCCUAUGUCCUUCUACUGGCUCUAAACUACCUCCCAGCCAAUUUUCAGCUAAAUCGAUUCAGCCGUUCUUGAGUUAUAAGUGGAGUAACUAACACGACUUUCUUUUAUAUAUAUAGAAUAACACUAUAAUAGGACUUUUCUAAAAGCUUGCAUUUAAUAACAUAUUGAGAUGCUUCCUCGACACUGCGCCAAUGUGAAGGGAACCUUAUAUAAUCCAAAAUACUAGGAACUAGAAAAAUCUAGAAAUAGUUUUGAAAAUCAUUCAAAAUAGCAACGAAAUUAAAAACUAUUGUAACUUUAGUUCUUCAAUUGAUACAUUAGGUAUCCGUCACUUUUAUAGGUAUAAUGAAGUAGUUUUUAAUGAUUAAGUUAGUUCAUAAUAUUAAUGUUUUUAUAUAAUAACACGCAAAUCAAUUAGAUAAAUAAGAUUAUUAUGAAACAGUUGCAUUAGAAAGGCUUGUAAACUAGUGUUUUAUUUAAAAAAAAACAAUUUUUUAUAGAAACGCGACAUUUUUUAUGACUAUUAAGCAACUUUUUCAUAAUUUACGUAUUUAUUUUGAUAUUUUCAUGAAAUUCAUUGGGCGACGACAUAAUUUUGUCAUAUAUAAUAUAAUAUUGAAUAUAAGUAGGUGUUACUUUGCGAAAGUUCAUAUUUCAUAAUGUACAAUUAAUUAUUAAAUUGCAAUCACAAGGACUUUGUGAGAUUUUUGUGGAAAACAGCAAUAUAGGUUUAUGCUGCAAUAUUUUUUGUAUAUUGUUGCGCAACAGCUGCAAUUAUUAUUUAAACUCAUUUUUUUUAUAAAAUAACUAAGAAAAACCACCAGUAAUUAAUUUGUUCUAGAAUAUUUCUUCUGUUUAAAGUGAAACUUAUGCUGCAAUAUUUUUUGUAAUUAAAAAACUAUUGUUGCGCAACAGUUGCAAUAAUUAUUUAAACUUAUUUUUUUGAUAGAAUAACUGUAAGAAAAAUACCAAUAAUUGUUUUUUUUCUAGAAUAUUACUUCUGUUUAUAGUGAAACCUUUUUCCAUCACUUCGAUUUUUUUUAAAUCAAUCAAAUCCUUUAUUUUCUGAAUACAUAAAAAAUAUUAUACAAUGUAUACAACCAUCUCUGGCAUGCAAAUUAAAUUAAAUAAAAUAUCGUUAUAAUAUUUCGUUCAUCUAUCUAUCGCAUGUCUUCAAUGGUGUGCACUUUAUAGAUGAAAACUACUACAACUAGUACUACUACUACUACUCCUACUACACUACUACUAGACUAGUUACGACUAGUUAGAAUAGUAUGAGAAUAUCGGUCAUAUUUAGAAAGAUAUGGCAAAAAUGUCUUUGACUCGUACUAGUGUAUUUGUGAAAAAAAAAUUCACUUGCACAGUGGUUGGAUAAAAAGUUUAUUUUUUUUUUAUUAUUUACCGUCAAUAGUACUCUCAAUUGAAUGAUGAUGAACAUUACCUUUUUCAUAAUAGUUAGUUUUUAAACUAGAAAUAAUUCUUUAUCUGAUAUUAAUAAAUAAUACAAUUUAUUAUUAUUAUUAAUCGUAAAUGUUUUUGUGUACUGCUAUGGUUCAAUAAACUAUGAGUAAAAUAGAGACAA